AUGCGGUCAUGCCUGCUCUCUGGAAAUGUGUUGGAGGCAGUUGUUGCAUUUCACGAACGUUCCGUUCGAGCCCAAAGAGAAGAAGCCGACUAUAUUCACUUAGACACGUCGGCAGUGUAUAGCGCGGUUGAAACGUCGCGGAAAAGAUUGUCAAGGGCACUACUCAAGUUGAUAGAGACUUGUGUUUCGGAGACACUGCGUCAUCAGCGCCAGUUCCGCAUGAAGUAUACGGAAGAUCUAAAUAUGGAAUCAAUUGAGGAAUGCUUGAUCUCUGCUGCAAAUAAGGUUCUUGAUGUUUCAGCCUCUGACCGCUCUUUGGUCGCGGUGCGUCCAAUAGCUCGUACCUUCUUAGAUACCCUGGCCCGAGUCCAAACUCAGGUCGAUACUGUUAUCGAGACUAACAAUCGUUAUCGCAAAAUGCUUUCCAAAGGACGCGCUAAGCGGCUUCACAUUAGGCGGAACUCUUCCGUCACCAAGUUACCUUUCUUCAAGAGAGCGGUGGCAGAAAGUGAUUCGGGUAACCUUUGUGGGGGCUUGGACACAGUGCGCUUUCAGGCUCUCAGCACCACCCAAGAUAGCCUGUACGAGGUCAUCUUCGUGUUUGUAGAGUCCGAGGUGGCCACAGUGGCCACACGUGCACAACACCGGGACAAACAAACCCUCCCGUCCAGUGCCUCCCUCCCUGCAUUGCCAGUUGCACCGAACACUGACGAGUUCCAUCGUGACAGCCGUGAUCCUAAAGCCGAGAUGCGGGACUUGAUUGGCCUGCUAAUCGAGGUCGACCACGACAUGGCAAUUUUCGAGUUUGCUCUCAUCUCCUCGGUGUCGCGACGUCUGCGAAGUGAAGCUGAGGCUGGUGAGGUGCAGAGCGAAACAUGUUUACAAGAACUCGGGUUGUCCUGUCACCGCCAGAUCAUGUGCUGUUCCAACUUCACACCCAAUUGUUUUUGUGGCCCUGGGCCCUCCAAAUCUACUUCUUGCCACGUCUUGACCGCCUCUCCAAGGACCUUCACAAAGCGUUGUCAAAAUGUGUGCGCUACUUGUGCAGUAGAACGCUUCAACUGUUGGUGGUCAACCGCGACCCCACGAUUGCACACCGUCGAUGACUGCCACUUGGAGGUGGCGGUGCUCUUCUCGGAGACGCUAAUGUGGGCGCGCGCCGUGGGCCUGGUGGACGCCCAGCGACUGGCCGACCGCGAUCCCGUGCUCCUCGUGGCGCUGCCUCGUCUGGCCGUCUUCGCGGGGUGCUACCUCCUGCCAGACGGCCCGAUCGGCCCCAACCGCCUCAACACCGGACCAAUCACUGCCGAACCCAAAAAAGGACUGUGCCCGACUGCAGACAGUAUUCGUCCACUAAACACUGGUUCUCUCAAGCACACGUGCUGGUGCCGCAUUGUACGUACAAAAGAGAUUAAGGGACUUGACUUGGAUAAGUUUACCCUGAACUCUAAAACUGUGGCCGAUGUUCAAAUUGAAAUGGGCAUUUUUCGCGUCUUCCGCGUCACCGUGUUCUCUUCUGCCGUUGCACCAAGGGCCCGUCCAGCCUUUAUGUUCGCCGAGUCUACCAAGGAGCUCACGUACCUGGCGCGCCAGCUCUCGGUGCUGCGGGCGGACCAGCUCUGGCGCCUGGCCUGUUGGACGUCGCCGUUCGGGCUCUCCGACGCAGAGGCCCAGUGUGUCGACACCGCCGCCAGCCUCGCGAAACCGCCUCACCGCGUGCAGGCCGGCGCUGUCAUGAAGCAGUGCACUCUCUUCGGCUGGAACACCUACGGCCUGCACUGCAUCUACAAGUCCAUCGCACAGGUCGCCAGCCGUCUCUCCACCAACCACCCGACGGAGCUGAGGUACAUCCUUCAGCUGGCAAUUGAGUUACACGAUCCCCCGGUGGAAGGCGGUCUUGGGGAACCUGCUGCCGACACGGAAGCGGCACAGGAGGAGGAGGAGGAGGCGGACAGAGAGCUUCAACCGAUCUGCCCCUUGGACAGCGAGGUUGCUGCGGGCUGCCUUCACAGCGGCCAAAUCCACGGCGUCAAUUUGGCUGACCUCUUCAACUGGCAGCGCCUUGUCACCGCCUCGCCAGACCAACGGCCGCCCUGUAAGGACCUUUUCAAGAAAAAGCCCGCGACUUCUCGUCCCUCCAGCGCUGACAAGGGCCCUGGUCUGUCCUCCAUCGAGCACCUCUUCACCCCCGUUGAACCGCCUGCCUGUGAGGAGGUCGGCGUCGACGUGGUCGCUUCCCUCGCGACUGAAGCCGACUCGACGAAGCUUGCAGAGCCGUCUUGCGCUCUCUCAGCAACAACUAGAUCGCUGUUUCUCUCGCUGUUCCGUUCUGCGCCAAUCGAAAACGCCACCCCGGCUGCACCAGCGAACCCCCUCUACCCCCUGGCCCUAUGGCAGCCGGACACGUACGUGGGAGGAGCGGCGGCCAGCGACACCGUGGAGGACGACGAAACGAACGACGGCGACGACGACACCGACAGUGGUGGCCUCGGCCACGGCCGGUGGGCGUCGGGGGCGGCGCGGGUGGGGCGCGAUUGCGUUCGCUGCAAGGCGCGCUUCGUGUCCCUUCUGCGCCGACGCCACCAUUGUCGCCGCUGCGGCCACAUCUUCUGUGCCGCUUGCUGCAGCGAGCGCGCACCAGUUGCUGCCCUCAUCGAACUCGGCAACAUCGGCGCCACCGAGGGAAUGCCACCGACUGCGCUUGUGCGCGUGUGUGUGGAGUGCGCCGAGUUCAUUCGAUCUGGACUCGGGGAGUCCCUUGAUCAAUCCAUCCUUGCGCUUUGA